CAUUCAUUGUAAUCUUGUUAAUAUUAAUAUCUUUGGUCUUGUAUCAGAGAGGUUGAGUCCUCCUCUGGAUAUUCAGCUGGAGACGGUGAACUGUACAGCGAUCAGCAUCCGAUGGAAGAUGCCCCGCAGACACGUCACAACCAUCACAGGUUAUAAGGUGUUUUACGCAGAGAUGAAGAAUAACCAUCCAGUCGGCGCUGAUGACGUCCUGGAGGUGCCAUUGAGUCUGGAGAUGCUCACAACUGGGCAGUUUGACGGACAGGCGAGCUUUGAUGUGGUGAUCGGGAAGCUGAAGGUGGCCACACAGUAUCGUGUCAGUGUCGGGGCGUUUGGAUGGGCGGGUGAAGGCAGACCCAGCAUGCCCAGAGACAUCAGCACAGCUUCACGCGAGACGUGCGUGCCUCCAUCGCCCCCCACACAACCUAACGUGGUCCCCGUGUCGGACACGGAGCUGGCGUUGUCAUGGCAACACAGAGACAGUGAUGAAACCGGACCCGUGCUGUACUUCCUGGUGGCGUACAUCAGGGCUGAGAUGGACACUGAGUGGACGUACAUCAGAGAAGCUGUGGAGUCAAACUCGAUGGUUCUCAAAGGUCUGAUUCCUGAGACUCAGUAUCAGUUUGUCAUCAGAGCUGUGAAUGUGUUUGGAAUCAGUCCUCCGAGUCCAAUCAACAGCCCUGUGAGAACCCUCGGAGCUGUGGACAUGAGCAGCGGAGAUUAUGACAUCCACAUCUCAAACUCUGACACUAAAGAUGAAGAUCGGUUUGAAAGUGAUGAUUCAGAUUAUGACAUCUUCACUGAAGAGAUGAAGUCGUUUCCUAACAGAAAGCAGAGCGACAGGCGUUCAUCGCUCCGCUCCCGCACCGGGACGCCCGGAAACACUAUUUUCAGGAUGCGCGCGCCACCAUCCCGAAAUAUCAGUUUCACUUCCACAAAAGCCCGGACCACAUCAACAACAUCCGUUGCCUUGACAACAGUAGACAGCUCCACCUACACGACCACAAGCACUGUUGUGCCGUCUCCCAGUCCGUCCCUGACCCCGUGGAAGGGUGAAGAGCCGCGGGUGUAUGAUGUGUCAUGUGAUGAGACCGUGUGUCCUCCAGACAGCUUCUGUAUCAAUGACUUCGAUACGGGGGGAUCGCGAUGUCACUGUAACCUCGGCCGACACGGACACUUCUGCUCGGAAGGUUUAACGGUAAAUUUCCCAAAGUUCUCGGGCUUCUCUCACAUGACGUUUGAACCUCUCAAACACUCGUAUCAGAGCUUUCACAUCCGUCUGGAGUUUAAGGCUGAAGCUGAAGACGGACUGCUCUUAUAUUGUGGGGAGAACGAACACGGCAGAGGAGAUUUGAUCUCUCUCGCUCUCGUACGAAAGAAACUACACUACAGGUUUAACUGCGGUACCGGAGCGGCACAGAUGGUCAGUGAAAGCUCUGUUGUGAUUGGACAGUGGCACACAGUGACGUUAUUUAGAAACGGUAUGAACGGAUGGCUGCGAUUGGACAAUGACACACCUGUGUCAGGACGCUCUCAGGGUCAGUACACUAAAAUAACAUUCCGUACGCCUUUGUUUCUGGGCGGAGCUCCCAAUGCCUAUUGGUUGGUGAGGGCGGUGGGGACCAAUCGUGGAUUUCAGGGCUGUGUUCAGAGUCUGCGUGUCAACAGUAGAGUCAUUGACCUUCGACCCUGGCCUAAAGGAAACGCAUUGAGCGGAGCAGACAUCGGCGAGUGUCUCAGCAGUGUGUGUGAUGAUGUCAUCUGCAUGAACGGAGGAAUGUGUUUGGCCAGUCGAGCUGAUGCUUUCGUCUGUUUGUGUCCGCUGGGAUAUAAGGGCGUCCUCUGCGAUGAGAGUUUCCCGCUCUCUCUGCCACAGUUUAACGAAAGCAUGUAUUCAUACGCCAGCGCCGGCUGGCCUCAGCCCAUCAACAACUAUCUCUCAUUCAUGGAGUUCGAAAUCACUUUCCGACCGACCAGUCCCGACGGCAUGCUGCUCUACGCCGACGACGCAGAGAGCCGAGACUUUCUGUCCAUCGGCCUGACGAGAGGAUUCCUGGAGUUUCGCUUCGACUGCGGCUCAGGUGCCACCGUCAUCAGGAGUAGUGAGGCGGUUGCCAUGGAUACGUGGCAUGACCUGCGCGCAUCUCGUACGGCAAAAAAUGGAAUUCUGCAGGUGGACAACCAGAGGCCGGUGGAAGGCACAGCUGAGGGAGCGUUCACACAGAUCAGAUGUAGUUCCUCUUUAUAUAUCGGAGGAGUUCCUGACUAUGAUGUCAUAAAGAGCAGCGCCGGAGUCUUGAGACCUUUCAGUGGAGCUGUUCAGAAGAUCUCUCUGAAUGAUCGCAGUAUAGAGCUGAAUCCAGAUCAGGCUUUCGGGAUGAACGUGUUGAACGCAGAUCACCCGUGUGUACAGAACCCGUGUGCUAAUGGAGGAGUGUGCAGACCUAAAUGGGACGAUUAUGAGUGUGACUGCACACUUGGGUAUGAUGGGAGACACUGUCAGAAAGAAUGUGGAAAUUAUUGUUUAAACACUGUUACUGAAUCUAUAGAGAUUCCUCAGUUCACUGGACGCAGUUAUCUGACAUAUGACAGCAGAGAUAUCCUCAAAAGGUUGUCUGGAUCCAGAACAAACAUCUUCAUGCGUUUUAAGAGCACGUCUGAAGACGGCCUUCUACUCUGGAGAGGAGACAGUCCGAUGAGAGCCAACAGCGACUUCAUGUCUCUCGGCCUUCAAGACGGAGCGCUCAUUUUCAGUUACAAUCUGGGCAGCGGAGGCGCUUCUGUCAUCAUUAAUGGAACCUUCAGUGACGGCAGGUGGCACAGAGUUAAAGCUGUCAGGGACGGACUGUUUGGGAAGCUGACGGUGGAUGAUUAUGGAGCUAAAACAGCCAGAUCUCCUGGAAAAAUGAGACAGUUGAACAUCAACGGUGACCUUUACAUCGGAGGGAUGAAGGAGAUCGCGCUGCACACUAACAGACAGUACAUGCGAGGUUUGGUGGGAUGUGUUUCACAUGUGACUCUUGCCACAGACUAUCAUCUGUCUCUGGUGGAUGAUGCAGCUGACGGAAAAAACAUCAACACCUGCACAAACUGAACACAUGACAUGAGAAAACUAUACCGUACAUACUGUACAUCUACUGUACUGUAAAACUGCUGUGGCACUUCACAUUUAAUCCGUAAGCAAAUGAAUCACAUCCCUUCUGCUGGAAGACAGUGAUGGUAAAAUGUUUGCAUUUACAUUUUUCUGUUGUUUUUGAUCAUUUUCGUUUUUUCUUAGGCUUUAAAUAAGAAGUAAACAGGUUUUGUAUUCUGUCAGUCAUCACUAGAGUUUGUCUGUCGUGUCUCGUCAGUUUUUGAGGUUUUUAUUUUUCAGUCUACCGUCUCUUCGUCUCACUUCCAUGUCAGCUGUGAACUUUUCAUGAACCAAAGACUUUUUUAAAGAUUCUCUAGCUCUUCAUUUAUUUUAUCCUUCACGAGUGAGAAACGCAUUUCUCAUCAUUUUCUGCCUUGACAUUUGAAAGCCAUCAAAAAUGUGA